CCGGCUGGGCUGAGGGAGCCCUACCGACUGUUGUGGACGGAGGCGCAUCAAAGGGAGGGCUCAUGAUGUAUAAAAGAAGUCCUUGGACCCCUCAAACCCACAUCUCCUUUCUUCAUCACUCACAGCAACAACAGCCUCGACUUCACUCGCUUACCUCUCCGAGAGCUCCCUCAGUCUUUUACUCCUAGUCACUCGUUCAACUAGUACCACCUUCAAGAUGCUUUUCUCUUCCAUCGCCGCUGUGGCCAUGGCCAACCUGGCCGCUGCCCAGAUGCUGAACAACACCCCCAUCGCCACUCCCAUCCCGUCUUCCUCCAGCACCUUGCUCCCUACCGAUGGCACUGGCUCUACCGACUUUAGUACUGAUACUUCAGGCCCUACCGGCACUGGUACUUCAGGCCCUUCCGGUACUGGCACUGAUAGCACGCCUUCUGCCAGCGGCACCAACGCCCCUGGCAACAGCCCCGCCACCGGCCUGGAUGGCUUCGUCUACUUCGGCUGCAUCUUCUCCACGGAUGGCUUCCCCGGCUUCGAGCUGGUCUCAACCUCCCCGAGCAACACCGCCGAGUUCUGCGCUGCCCAGUGUGAUACCCGCUUCUUUGGUGUCUACGAUGAGAACUGUUACUGUGGCUCAGCCCUUGAUCCUGAUACCACUACCAAGGUCCCUGACGACCAGUGCGAUAUCAGUUGCCCUGGCGAUGAAACCGAGUCCUGCGGUGGUGAUCGCAGCAUUGCUCGCAUGCUCCGUCGCCAGAGCGUUGCUGCUUCGGUCCUCCUCUCGGUCUAUAUCAGCACUGAUUCUAGUGACAACACUGACACCGUCACUGUUGGCAACACCGCAACUGCUGUGAACACCGCUACUGUUGAUAACACUGCUCUUGUCACCACAACUGCCAACGGUGAGCUCACCACUGAGGUCGUCACUGCUACGCUCACUCAGAGCGAUGGCGAGGUCGUCACCACUGUCCUGACCAACACUCUCGUCACCGUCCCCACUGGAGUCACUAUCAUCUGCUAUGGUGACUACUGCGCCCCUGAGUUCCACUGCCCCGUGUGCACCCGCUACCAGGUUGUCUGCCGCGAUGGAAGCUGCUGCCCUGAGGAGUGCUCCGGCGAUGACUGGAACCAGCUGGUUAUCUGCGAGGGUGACAACUGCCACUACAGCUCCGGUAACUGUGACCGCAAGAUCACCUGCCAGGGCGAUAGCUGCACUGUUGAGAAGGUCACUGUGGGCAAGAACCUCGUCUGCACCAACGGUGACUGCUGCCACGAGACUUGCACCGACAAGUGCUGGCAGAAGGAGACCUGCGAUGGCGAGCACUGCACUGUCGAACCCCCUUGCACCGGUCCCGGCUGCCCUACUCCCCAGCCCAACGUCCUUACUCCCGGCAAGGUUGUCUACGUUCCUAACGUUCCCAACUCUCCCGCUGCCCCCGGCUCUCCUGGCUCUCCCGGCGCUCCUGGCUCUCCCGGUUCUCCUGGCUCUCCCGCUGCUCCUGGAGCCCCCGGUGCCCCCGGUGCCCCUGGAGCUCCUGGAGCCCCCGGCGCUGGUCACACUGCUCCUGGCGCUCCCGGCGGCGGUGCUACUGCUCCCGCCGUUCCCAGCGGCUCUGGCGUUCCUGGUACUUCCCCCAGCGACACCCCCUACGUUGUCGUCUCUAGCUCUGGCAAGAAGGCCGCUUCCGGUCUCGCUGCUCUCAUUGCUGGUGCCGUCUUCAUGAUGUAAAUCCUUACUCGAGAAGACACAUCUUUAGCAGGAGCAACAGCGUGGAUGGAUUCG